UUCAUGGUUAUUCUGAGUCGACGCUGAUUACAAGGAGAUGGAACAAUGUUACCUGUAGUGAAACUACUUGCAUAUGAUGGAAAAUAUGGCUGUCAGUGGUCUGGUUGAUAUGCUAGUUUUCUAGAAACUGUAGAAGUAUCCUUGUGGUCGCAUUUACAAAUAAAUUUAUACAGCCUCGUUUCUUGAUCUAAUAAUCGGACUUGGUCAAUCAUAAUCUAUCAUCUGACUAUCCGCGGAUACUUCUUUGACAUCAUUACUGAGCAAGAGAGUUCCAGCUGCAUGUAAUGUUGAUCCAACGAACUAUAUGGGAACCAAUAAUAUUUCUUCUUUAAACCGACCGAACAAAAGAAGCAGGGAUUCAGAAGAUAUUGCUAUGCAGCACAAGCUUCAGAUUUCAUUAAAUAAUUUUUACCAAGAUGAGACUGACAGGUCAGCAAGUAUCCCUAAUCCAAACGCUGUGUCGACUGGGUUGAGAUUGUCUUAUGAUGAUGAUGAGCAUAACUCAUCUGUCACAACUGCAAGUGGAAGCAUGCCUUCACUUCCGAUUGUCAUGUCUCUUGGUGAUAAUUUGAGGAAUGAAAUUGAGCGCCAGAAGGAAGAAUUUGAUCAUUACAUCAGAGUGCAGGAAGAACAAUUUGCAAAGGGAGUAAAAGAACUAAAGCAGAGGCACAUCACCCAAUUCCUAACCACCAUUGACAAAGGCAUAAACCGAAAACUACAUGAAAAACAACAGGAAAUCGACAAUAUAAACAGGAAAAACCGAGACCUAGCAGAUCGAAUCAAGCAAGCAGCGACCGAUGCCCAAAACUGGCAAUACCGAGCUCGAUACAACGAAUCAAUGGUCCACGCUCUUCAGAACAACCUCAGGCAAGCCCUCGCUGCUCAAGGAGCAGCUGAUCAUGGCAGAGAAGGGUGUGGAGAUAACAGUGAAGUUGACGAUGCUGCUUCGUCCUAUGAGCCCAAUACUGGACAGCAAAUGCAGCAAAAGAGUAGAAUUGGGGAUUGCAGGGUUUGUAAAAGAAAGGAGGUUUGUAUGUUGCUGCUUCCUUGUAGGCAUUUGUGCCUGUGCAGAGAGUGUGAUGGCAUUGUUGGUGCUUGUCCUGUUUGCUUGGCUGUUAAAACUGCGAGCGUUGAGGUUUAUACGUCCUGAGCGAGAGAGAGAGAGAGAGAGAUGCAGAGGGAAAUGGCACUUUGUUACUUGUGGGUGGUUUGCUGGUGUCUACUGUGAACUUGUAAGUAUAAUUUACAAUUGACAGACAGUUAAAGGUACUACUACUUGAGAAAUGAGGGAAGGAGAUGUACAAUUGAGCUCAAAAUUUUAGUUAAGAGAGACCUUAAUGAAAGCUUAAGAACUGUAUUUUUCCUGUUGUAUGCGUCAAGCUUAUGGUAACUUGUUGCCAUCUGAGAAUAUUUGAUGUGCUUGAACAGAAUUGCUGUAUUUAACUGAAAUUUUUUUUAGAUGGGAACCUUA